UAUCGGAUGUCCGCGCUCAUUCUCAAUGUAGACGCCAUGCCGAGCGUAGCACGCGGUCCGAUUAACGCGCAUCGCAAUUAAAAAACAAAAAUUAAGUGAUAAUUAGUUUUUGUUUUUGUUUUUUUUAAUUGUACUAUAUCGGAAUUAGAUUCCAAAGAAGAAAGUGAAUUUAAACAAUUUUGUGCCUUUUGUGCAAAAAAAAAAAACGACCGUUAGUGAUACCCCUCUCCCUCCAUUUUGAAAACAAAAUUUCCAAGAAAGUGAAAGUGUGUAUUUGUAUUUUCUCCGAAAGUGCAAAAUUUCAGUGUAUUUUAAUUUUUGCUGAAUUAUUUCAGUAAUAUUUGAAUUCAUAUUCCAAAAAAGGAUGUUCCUAUUUGCGAUUAAUUUGAUUUUAGAAUUUUUGAAAAAAAAGUAAAUCCUUAAUUAUACCUAUAGUGUAAACUAACCUAUAGCUUCAAAAUUAUACCUCAACUUUUCAAAAUUGUAUUCAAAAUCAUUGAUUUUCAUUAUUUGACUAUAUUUAAUCAUCAAAAAUGACGACAAUGGGUGUAACUGUUUUCUGUAAUCGAGUCCAAAUUCCCAAUAAUGAUCGCGAUCAAAUGAUGUUAUUGCGAACAUUACAGGACAAUGAAAGCAAUAUUCUUGUUAAUAGACCACAAAUAAUAGCGCCAAAAAGUGUUCUAGUGUCAAAUUCAAGUGUACCAUUAAAUACAAAUUCAAUAAGUGUUGUUCAACCAAAUACUCUACCACCAUACGAUCCAACGAGACUCAAGAAACAUGGUAAGAAUGGUCAACCGCCACCAAUGGCAGUUGCAAGACGCAAUGCAAGGGAAAGAAAUAGAGUCAAACAGGUGAACGAUGGUUUUACAAAAUUAAGAUCAUACAUACCAAAUCAUGUUGCCGCUGGCUAUGGUGAUAGGGGGAAAAAAUUAUCUAAAGUCGAAACACUUCGAAUGGCCGUUGAAUAUAUAAGGGGGUUAAAAAAAUUAUUAGCCGACGCCGAUGGUGUUGAUUAUGAUUUUAAUAUUGAACAAGGAAUGAUGGCAACACCAUCACCAACGGGAAGUGUUCUUUCAACAAGUAAUGGUUCAGCUGGUGAAAGACUCGAUGAGGUUCAAGAGGAUUAUCUUCUCGACGAAGAUGAAGACGAUGAGGAGAGACGCCAAAGGACAUCCUUAGCAAUCAGGCUAUCACCUAAUUUACGUACAACAGCGAAAAGAAAACGUAAUUCAAUUGAUUAUUUAAUUGGUGAUGAGGAAAAUGUUGAACCAAAAGAAUCACGUGGUACAUUUGCAAGAUUUUCACCCACAACAAUAGAAUCGCCAAGUGUUGUUGUUAAAAAUGAAUUUUGUACUGAUGAUAAUUUACAACCAACAUCAAGAGUUGUAUUAUCGCCAUACAGUGGUGCAACGACGACUGAAAUUGUUGAGGUUCUUCAUCCGGAAGAUGAGGCAGGAACAACGGUUAUCUAUACCACAAGUCCUGAGCCAUUUUCGGGUGCUUUGUACUAUAAGCAUGAACCUUCUGAGACAGGCGAGUUUAUGGACGUUGUCAGCUGGUGGGAACAGGAACAGGGACGACUGGUUCAUCAUACACAACCUCACGCUCAACGACUGACGCACGUCUAACCGCAUUUUGUACAAGAGAUUUAUCUCUCUCGAUAUAUAUAUAUUUUUUUCUCGAGAAGAAGCGGCUAUAACAAUUCGAGGCAAGAGACUAUUUCAACUAACAAAAAAAAAAUUGUAAUUUAUAAAAUUAUUUAAUUUAAAUUUAAUUAAUUUAAAUCCAAAAAUAUUUAUUUCUUUUAAACAAGUUUUUAUUUAAAAAAAAACUUAUUUUCGAAACUAAAAAAACGAAAAUUAACAUUAAUAUUUUAUAAACAAUUUAAAGUGAAAUAAUAUUAAAAAAUAAAUAUUUAAAUAAUAAACUAUUUAAUAAAUCUUCCACACUGUAAUAAAAAAGAAGGAUUAAAUUUUUUUCAAAUUUUCAUUUCAAAAAUUAAAAACAAAAACAAAACUAUAAUAAAUUUUUUAACAUGUGAAAUGAAAAAAAAUUAUAUUAAAAAAAAAUUUAUUUCUUCUUUUUUAAAUUUUGGAAGGAGCAAAUUUUGAAACCGCCCUAAUAUACAAUAUAUAUAUAUAUAGAAAUCGAUAGUGAUAAAUUGAAAAAUACUAAUUUAUAUCCAAAAUGUGUCUUAAAGGUGCCUUCAAUUUAUUUAAGGCGCAUUUUUCUCUCGAGUAUAUAUAUAUAUACGUAUAUAUCAAAAAUGGUUCCUGGGAUCAAUUUUAAUUUUCACAUGGUAGAAAUUUUUUUUGUUUUACUAUGUGAAAAUUCAUCCUACAUUGUACAGAAAUAAUAUUA